AUGCUGACUAGAUCGUUAUUGCUCAAACAGACGAGACGUAGGGUGUCGCAGCUGUCCCACGUUACUCCCCCCAAGCAAAUUGCGAAUGAACCGGUUAAAGCCUUUUCCAAUAAAGAUACACUGGACUGGGACCUGUUGCGGGCAUCAGUGUCGAAGUUCAAAAAUGCCUCAUUGGAUGUACCGUUGGUUAUUGAUGGAAAACGAAUCUUUUACAACGAAGGCAAUCGCCACUACGUUCAACAGGUGAACCCAGCACAGCACACACAGGUGCUGGCGAACGUCACACAGGCUACUGAAGCUGAUGUGGGUGCAGCAAUCCAAGCUUCCAAGCGUGCCAAGCUUGAGUGGUACAAACUGCCCUUUUACGACCGCGCGGCGGUUUUCCUCAAGGCUGCAGAUCUCAUUGCUACCAAGUACCGGUACGAUAUGCUAGCUGCGACCAUGCUGGGUCAGGGAAAAAACGUGUACCAGGCCGAAAUCGACUGUAUAACGGAAUUGGCGGAUUUCUUACGUUUUAACGUCAAGUACGCCAGUGAGCUGUACGCACAACAGCCCUGCGAAUCCAGUCCCGGAGUUUGGAACAAAGCAGAAUACAGACCUCUGGAAGGAUUCGUAUACGCUGUGACUCCUUUCAACUUCACCGCUAUUGCCGGCAACCUCGUGGGUGCUCCUGCUCUCAUGGGGAACACCGUGGUGUGGAAACCAUCGCAAGCUGCUGCUCUAUCCAACUAUUUGCUGCUAACGGUGCUCGAAGAAGCAGGGCUGCCCCGGGGGGUUGUCAAUUUUAUCCCGGGCGACCCUGUGCAGGUCACCAACAAGGUGCUUGCCGACAAGGAAUUCGCGGCUCUGCAUUUUACUGGGUCUACUGGCGUCUUCAAGAAACUGUACGGACAAAUCCAACAAGGGGUGGUCUCUGACCUAUAUAGGGACUACCCACGCGUCGUCGGCGAGACAGGCGGGAAGAACUUCCACCUGAUUCACCCAAGCGCCAGCAUGCCACAUGCUGUGCUCAGCACAGUGAGAGGUGCUUUUGAAUACCAAGGCCAAAAGUGCUCUGCCACUUCCAGACUGUAUUUGCCGGAAUCGAAGAGUGCCGAAUUUUUGGCAGAUCUAGUAGGCACGCUGGAGUCCGUUAGAACUGUUAACACUUCUGCUUCCAAGAUCAAUGGUGGUGACCUGCAUGGGUUCAUGGGACCUGUUAUCCACCAACAAAGCUUCGAAAAGCUGGCCAAUACGAUUGACGAAGCCAAGAAUGACCCGGAACUCGAGAUUAUCGCUGGGGGAGAGUACAGCAAAGAAAGUGGGUGGUUUGUGGAACCUACUGUCAUCAAGACCACGAACCCGCACCAUAAAUUCAUGUCUACCGAGUUUUUCGGCCCCAUACUUACAGUCUAUCAGUACCCAGAUGCGGAAUUUGCCCAGGUCUGCAAGACCAUUGACUCAACAACAAGCUACGGUUUAACGGGCGCAAUUUUUGCGCGCGACAGAGACGCCAUCAAUGUGGCGGACGACUUGCUCAAGUACAGUGCCGGGAACUUCUACAUCAACGACAAAUGCACCGGUGCUGUUGUCGGCCAGCAGUGGUUUGGCGGAGCCAGAAUGAGCGGUACAGACGAUAAGGCCGGUGGUGCCAACAUCUUAUCUCGUUUUGUCAGUAUCCGCAACGUUAAGGAGAAUUUUUACGAGAUAACAGACUACAAGUACCCUUCCAAUUACGAAUAG